AAUCGUGUAGCGGAUUGAGUGCUGCGAGCUCGCUAUGUGGCGCAUGAGUGUGCGCUUGGGAUGUAACGGCUGUCCUUCGCUGUAGCUUGUGAAUAAAAACCCCUCCGGCGGACUUGGAAGGCACAGGAUACCGAAGGAAACCGGCUGAAGGCGAAGGAGAGGUUUGCGACAGGACGGGGCGGAGGGAGACACGGGAGCGUGGCAGGCAGGAGGGACGCUCGAGCAAAUCCAACCGACACCGUGCGCAGAAAUGGCGGAGCACCACACAGCCAGCGACGGCAAGCACAAAGCGUCCACCAAUGCCGGGAGCUCGGUGCAUGGGAACAGCCGACCCGGGGCCGCGGGUGGAGGAGGGGGCAAAGGAGGCCUGUCUGGUGGACUGACACAGCCAGCCGGGUGGCAGUCUUUACUCUCGUUUACCAUUCUUUUUCUGGCCUGGUUGGCAGGAUUCAGCUCCAGACUUUUCGCAGUGAUCCGGUUCGAGAGCAUCAUUCACGAGUUUGAUCCAUGGUUCAACUACAGAUCAACACACCAUCUCACCACCAAUGGCUUCUACGAGUUCCUCAACUGGUUCGAUGAAAGGGCCUGGUACCCUCUGGGCAGGAUUGUUGGGGGCACAGUAUACCCCGGGUUAAUGGUGACCGCGGGCCUCAUCCACUACGUGCUCAACCUGCUCCAUAUCACUGUCCACAUCCGAGACGUGUGUGUCUUCCUAGCGCCAGUAUUCAGUGGCUUGACCUCCAUCUCCACCUUCCUGCUGACACGGGAGCUGUGGAACCAGGGGGCAGGGCUGCUGGCAGCCUGCUUCAUCGCCAUAGUCCCCGGCUACAUCUCUCGCUCAGUGGCCGGUUCCUUCGACAAUGAGGGCAUCGCCAUCUUCGCCUUGCAGUUCACCUACUACCUCUGGGUGAAAUCAGUGAAGACGGGCUCAGUAUUCUGGACCAUUGGCUGUUGUCUCUCCUACUUCUACAUGGUGUCAGCAUGGGGAGGUUACGUGUUCAUCAUCAACCUGAUUCCUCUGCAUGUGUUUGUGCUGCUGCUGAUGCAGCGCUACAGCAGAAGAGUCUACAUUGCUUACAGUACCUUCUACAUCGUUGGCCUUGUGCUAUCAAUGCAGAUACCUUUCGUGGGCUUCCAGCCAAUCAGAACCAGUGAACACAUGGCCGCGGCAGGUGUAUUUGCACUUCUCCAAGCCUAUGCCUUCCUGCAGUACCUGAAGGACAGACUGACCAAGCAAGAGUUCCAGACGCUCUUCUUCCUGGGAGUCUCUCUUGCAGCCGGCGUGGUCUUCCUCACUGUUAUCUAUCUCACAUACACAGGUUACAUCGCUCCGUGGAGUGGCCGUUUCUACUCUCUCUGGGACACCGGCUAUGCUAAGAUCCACAUCCCCAUCAUUGCAUCAGUGUCGGAGCACCAGCCCACCACAUGGGUCUCCUUCUUCUUUGACCUCCACAUCCUGGUCUGCACCUUCCCAGCAGGCCUCUGGUUCUGCAUCAAGAACAUCAAUGACGAACGGGUGUUCGUGGCUCUGUACGCCAUCAGCGCGGUCUACUUUGCUGGUGUGAUGGUGCGUCUGAUGCUGACUCUGACCCCGGUGGUGUGCAUGCUGUCGGCGGUGGCUUUCUCCAGCGUGUUCGAGCACUACCUGGGAGACGACAUGAAGAGGGAGAAACCGCCUGCAGAGGACAGCAGCGACGAGGACGACAAGAGGAACUCCGGGAAUCUCUAUGACAAGGCUGGCAAGGUGCGCAAACACGUGUCAGAGCAGGAGAAAGCAGAGGAGGGUCUGGGUCCGAACAUCAAGUCUAUAGUCACCAUGUUAAUGUUGAUGCUGCUGAUGAUGUUUGCCGUCCACUGCACUUGGGUCACCAGCAAUGCCUACUCCAGUCCCAGUGUCGUGCUGGCUUCCUACAACCAUGACGGGACACGCAACAUCCUGGACGACUUCAGGGAGGCCUACUAUUGGUUGAGACAAAACACAGAUGAGCAUGCGCGGGUCAUGUCGUGGUGGGAUUACGGCUACCAAAUAGCAGGCAUGGCCAACAGGACCACGCUAGUAGACAACAACACAUGGAACAACAGUCACAUAGCACUGGUGGGCAAAGCCAUGUCGUCCAAUGAGAGCGCUGCCUAUAAAAUCAUGAGGUCAUUGGACGUGGACUACGUGCUCAUCAUCUUCGGAGGUGUGAUUGGCUACUCAGGUGAUGACAUCAACAAGUUCCUGUGGAUGGUGAGGAUAGCAGAGGGAGAGCACCCCAAGGACAUCAGAGAGAGUGACUACUUCACCCCUCAGGGAGAGUUCAGAGUGGACAAGGCCGGCUCACCUACGCUGCUUAACUGUCUCAUGUACAAGAUGUCCUAUUACCGGUUUGGUGAAAUGCAGCUUGACUUCCGGACGCCGCCUGGCUUUGACCGGACGCGCAACGCCGAGAUCGGCAACAAGGACAUCAAAUUCAAGCACCUGGAAGAGGCCUUCACCUCCGAGCACUGGCUGGUCAGGAUCUACAAGGUCAAGAAGCUUGACAACAGAGAGCCGCUGAGCCACAAACUGCGCAGUAUAGUGCCCAAACAGAAGUACACCUCCAAAAAGACUGCCAAGAGGAAGCGAGGACACAUCAAGAACAAGCUCGCCCUGAAGAAAGGCAAGAAACUAAACAAAAAAUAACAAUAAAGAUGAACUCUACUCGAAAACUACACAACGGAAAAAAUAAAAAUGCAAAGAAACCUCUAACAACCAAUGAAGAAGAACACAGUGGCCAUUUUCUGGAACCUUGACACUUAAAGUCUGAAGCGCUCCUCCUCAGAGCGCCCCCUUGUGUCGGGGAGGUUGAAGUGUCAUAUCUGGCUCGCUCCAGAACUGUUGUUCGUUAUAUCCUGAGGACCUUUGUCUUGCUCUUUUUUUUUUUCUUUUUGCUUUUUUUGUUUGUUUGUUUGUUUGUUUGUUUUUUUGUACUUGAAUGUGUGGCAAGGCACAGGGCUGUUCUACUGGGUUCAGCAUCAAUUAAAUCAUUUUUGUGGUACAUUAAUUAACCGCUCAACAGUAUGGGUGUCAGUUUGGGCGGCAGGCGGUGAGGGUGACGUGACGGAUAACGGAGACGAGCGCAGACGGGGAGCAUUUGCACCAAAGACCCAUCGACCUUGCUCCUUGGCACAUGUAAACUCAUCUGCGAGAGUGAGGAGGCGGCGGAGUGAAAGCAGAGGACUUGUUCCUGACACGUGUACAGAGGACAGUAUGCGGUAUGGAGGAACGCCAUCGUCUAGGCACAGCCCAUCUGUAAUAUUAACCUUUUUCUCAUCACCUGUCUCCUUUACGUCUGCCUGGCUCGCUGUCCUUCUUUUCAACAAAUUCUUUAGAAAAAAAUGGCCUAAUAUGUAAAUAUGUUAUGUAAAGAAAAUGUCUAAAAGGGUUAUAAUAUAUUGGAUUAUUGUGGUGAUUUUUAAAUAUGCAGAUGAUUUUUUUGUUUUCUCUUAAUUUCAUCGUGUGAUGGUUUGUUUUUUGUUUGUUUUUUCUUUCUUUUGUAUGACAGCAAAUAGAACAGUGAAUGCAAUAAUUCUUGUAUGGAGGGACUUGAGAUUUUGUUGAAAGAAUGAAUGUGAAUUUUUACAACACUUCCCUCCUUCCCCCGCCCCGCCCAGCCCCGCCCCUUCAUACAUUGCUUGGAUUGUAUAUUCUGCUGCUAGGGUUUAAAACAACAACAAGAACAACAACAAAGGAAACAAGCAAUUCUGUGUAUAAAGUAGUGAUAAUAAAUUAGACCUCCCUUCCUGCAGAGGGGGCUCUCUCGUUUGGUGAGCAAGCCUAGUGCCUCAUUGUCGGUCACGGUCACCAUGAGUUUUGCGACUUUCUCUCUUAGGUUUUUUUUGUUUUGUUUUGUUUUGUCUUUUUUGGCUUGGAAAACACGAGUACUGCAGGUUGGGUGCUCAGACCAGACUAACGUGUUCAAGGAAAUUGUCAAGAUGGCUGCAAAUGAAUGAAUGAAUGAAUGAAGGGGGGGCGGCUAGCACACAGGCACUGUAACGGAAAAUCCAAGAAUAUUAAUUCAAGUUAAGAGGGAUAUGAACGGGCGGACCAGCAGCCGCCUCUUGGUGUGCUGCUGGUCGGCUGGAGCUGUCUGACCUCUUAUUAAAUGGGCACUGCACUGUUCUUCGCUGUCUGGCUUCUUCAGAUAUCCUGUUAAACGAUGAGGAGGUUUCUGUAUGUGCACACUACAGUCAGAGUCUAUUUUUGUUGGUUUUAUUUUUUUGUUCCCUUUUUUUUCUAUUU